AUGGCGGCUGACAGCCGACUUUCUUUGGACGACUUCAGCUGUGCGAAACAUGUUGCCUACUUCAAGCAGCAUGCGAAGAAGCUGCCAGACGUGUACAAGUCGAUGGACACCAACCGGCUGACUUUGCUUUAUUUCAGCGUGUCGGGUCUGGACCUGCUGGGGAAGCUGGACGAACUGGAUCGGGAGCAGACGAUCGAGUACAUCUACUCCUACCAGUCGCCUUUGCCUGACCACGGCGGCUUCUAUGGCUGCCCCAGGGUAUCCUUCGACACUCCGGAGCUGGACAAGUGUAACAAUCAGCCCCACAUCGCGAACACCUACGUUGCGCUGGUCAUGCUGAUAAUACUUGGCGAUGAUCUUGGGCGAGUUAACCGAAGCUCACUUGGACAGUCGCUGCGCAAAUGGCAGCUGGAGGAUGGUAGCUUUUGCUGCGUGCACUGCAUAUCUAGCCUCGACAGCGAGAGCGACAUCCGCUUCGUCUACUGCGCAGCCACGAUCUGCUACAUCCUGGAUCUAUGGGAUGCCAUCGACAUUGAGGCAAUGACUCGCUUCAUCUAUGCUUCGCAGUCUUACGACGGCGCCUUCGGCAUGGGCCCAUCCACCGAGUCUCAUGGAGGCUGCACUUACUGCGCGGUGGCGGCGCUGACCAUGCUCGGACGCCUUGCAGACCUUCCGAGCAAGGACUUAUGGCCGGAGCUUCAGCGCGGGAGCGUGGGUCUAUGGUGA